CCCGUCCCAACCCCUCCCCUCCGUCUCCUCUUCUCCGUCUGACGUCGUCAGGACUUCUUCGCUCCCACAACGCAAACUUGUCCGUUUCUCUUUUUUCUUGCACAUCGAGUCGGGCUGCUGUUUAUUUGUCUGAAUAUUCUGUGGCUUUCUUCCUAGCUGGCUAUUUCCUUGCCUCUAGCGACAUCCUCCGCCUUCGUCCAACGACACAGCUUUGCCGGCGGCAAAUCCUGUUUUUAGCUUACGACAGUACCAUCGCCAUCAGCACUCUGAGAAGCUCCGGAAUAUCUCAAUUGCGAAUUGGCACGCAUUGACAGUUCGAUUUUCACCCAAGAAUCUAGCUGAGCCGUGCGCACCCGUGCUGUUCUAAGCAAACAAACUCCGAUCGUCGCAGCCAUGUCGUCAUCCGAUGAGCCCAAGCCUGUUCGCGAUGUCAAGAACCACCUCCUCUUUGAAAUUGCCACUGAGGUAGCCCAUCGAGUUGGUGGUAUCUACUCCGUCAUCAAGUCCAAGGCCCCCGUCACGACCGCCGAGUAUGGUGACAGAUAUACCUUGAUUGGCCCUCUAAACCACGAAUCGGCUGCAGUCGAAGUGGAAGAGAUUGAGCCGACUAGCCCCGAGCUCAUUGCCACGAUAAACUCCAUGAAGGAGAGAGGCAUUGGCAUCAUGUAUGGACGCUGGCUCAUAGAAGGAGCUCCUCGUGUCCUUCUCAUUGAUACCAAGACUGCCUAUGGAUACAUGGAUGAGUGGAAGGCCGACUUGUGGAACGUCGCGAGCAUCCCCUCCCCCCCUGGUGACGAGGAGACCAAUGAGACUAUCGUCUUUGGCUACCUGGUUGCCUGGUUCCUUGGCGAAUUCAUGUGCCACGAGAAGAAGAGAGCGGUCAUUGCCCACUUCCACGAGUGGCUCGCUGGUGUUGGCUUGCCCCUCUGCAAGAAGCGCCGUAUCGAUGUGACGACCAUUUUCACCACGCACGCUACUCUUCUCGGCCGAUACCUCUGCGCCGGCUCUGUCGACUUCUACAACAACCUCCAGAAUUUCGAUGUCGACGCUGAGGCCGGCAAGCGAGGCAUCUACCACCGUUACUGCAUUGAGCGUGCUGCUGCCCACUCGUGUGACGUCUUCACUACCGUUUCGCACAUUACUGCUUUCGAGUCUGAGCAUCUACUCAAGCGCAAGCCCGAUGGCGUUCUCCCCAACGGUCUCAACGUGACCAAGUUCUCGGCCAUGCACGAGUUCCAAAACUUGCACCAGGUCUCGAAGGAGAAGAUCCACGACUUUGUCCGCGGCCACUUCUACGGCCACUACGACUUCGAACCCGACAACACUCUCUACUUCUUUACCGCCGGUCGAUACGAGUUCCGCAAUAAGGGUGUCGACAUGUUCAUCGAGUCUCUCGCCCGUCUGAACCACCGCUUGAAGGCGGCUGGCAGCAAGAUUACCGUUGUCGCAUUCAUCAUUAUGCCCGCCAAGACAACCUCGCUUACUGUCGAAGCUCUCAAGGGUCAGGCUGUGAUCAAGUCUCUUCGCGAUACGACCAACGUCAUUGAGCAAGGUAUUGGCCGCCGUUUGUUUGAGCGCUCCCUGAAGUGGAAGGAUGGAGACCCCAUGCCUGACGAGAAGGAGCUCAUCUCUGGCCAGGACCGCGUGCUUUUGCGCCGCCGUCUCUUCGCCAUGAAGCGCCACGGUCUUCCUCCCAUUGUCACCCACAACAUGGUCAACGACCACGAGGACCCUGUCCUGAACCAAAUCCGCCGUGUUCAGCUCUUCAACCACCCCAGUGACAGAGUCAAGGUCGUAUUCCACCCUGAAUUCCUCAACUCAUCCAACCCUGUCCUGCCUCUGGAUUAUGACGACUUUGUUCGCGGCUGCCACAUGGGUAUCUUUGCCUCUUACUACGAACCGUGGGGCUACACGCCUGCUGAGUGCACUGUUAUGGGUGUUCCCAGCAUCACGACCAACCUUUCGGGCUUUGGUUGCUACAUGGAGGAGCUAAUUGAGAACUCGAGCGACUAUGGUAUCUACAUUGUCGACCGCAGAACCAAGGGUGUCGACGACUCUGUCAACCAGCUAACCUCGCACAUGUUUGACUUUUGCGGCAAGAGCCGUCGCCAGCGUAUCAACCAGCGUAACCGAACUGAGCGUCUGAGUGACCUGCUUGACUGGAAGCGCAUGGGCAUGGAGUACGUCAAGGCUCGCCAGCUCGCUCUCCGCCGCGCCUAUCCCAACUCAUUUGGCGGCGAAGAAGAGGAGGAGGAUUACAUUCCUGGACCUGAUCAGAAGAUCUCGCGCCCCUUCUCGGUGCCCGGCUCGCCCAGAGAUCGUUCUGGCAUGAUGACGCCUGGUGACUUUGCCAGCCUCCAAGAAGGCCGUGAAGGUCUUGACACCGAGGACUACGUUGCCUGGAAGCUCCCUGCCGAAGAAGACCCCGACGAGUACCCGUUCCCCUUGACCCUGCGCAACAAGGCAGCCGCUUCGCCCCAAGCUCCUGCGACUGAGUAAACCAGCGGCUGCACGGGCUAGCCUGGUAUAUACUAUUUCAUAUGUCUUGUACUCUUUGCUGCUGGUUUUUUGCGUUGUCCAUAUCUUUUUGAUCGUCCUCUUUUGGAAUCUAUUUUAUUUCCUCAACUUUUCACAGUCGCCAUACGUGUCUAGCUCGCUAUACUGCCGCGCUCAUUGCUAUAGUAUUCUGUCUGGAGAGGGUGCCGCCAGUCUUACACUGCGCUUAGUGGAGGAUUGAGUUUUGUAUUUGUUGACUGCGUUAUCUGAACUACUCCUCCUUUUGCUACCAUCUUAUCGCCAUAUCCCCUGUAAUCGUAGGCCGUGGCUUGAUCUCGGAUGAUACGAUUAAAAACUUAGUGAUCUGCUGGUGGCAUCAAAACCAGGGCCAGGGUCACGAUAUAUGGUAUUCACAUGUCGUCAAGUUCGCAUAUCUUACCGUUUCGCUGACUCAAUCCAAACAUUAAAUUAUGGGGGAUUUUACGGCACGAUUGAGUUUGUGCCGCCAUCUUGACACCUUAUUGCCUAGUGUCCCAAGUUAACCUCGUUGAUGGGCUGACCCUUCCGUCAUCCCAAAGUUUAAAUCACAUACACCUUGAGCGUCGUCCCACCAGCCCAGCGCAGAUCAAGCCUGCGUCCAGCAUGCACUGUGUACCUCUCUUUCUCGUCAUCUGCCCGUCCCAGAACGGGAAGCGGUUCUUGCAGCAGCGGCUGUAAUGUGUGGAGGAUUUGCCGGCGCAAUUCGCAGCCUGGGGCGAAUCGCAACAAGCAGGGGUCGCUGUGCGCUGGGUGGCCUCUGCGCCCUGUUUCGCCGGGUCCGCUAGCUGUAUUCAGCAGUCCGCUGCAGUAAGAAAAGAUGAUAGGAAAUCGCCCCGCGUAAUAUCAGAGCAAAAGCGAGUAAUUAGGACGGGCCGUGGCAAAGAAGAGAGGCCGUACGUAGGGUCACAUUGCGUCGGAGGCGGACAAGAAGCUAGAAGCCCAACAUGUUUGCAAUCUCACCCAUGGAAAUUGGAUUUUUGUUUGAUUCCAGAAGCUGGUAGGUACUUUGCCACACAAAACGGUACACUGUGCGCGAUACAAGAGAGAGCUGCCAUCCAGGGUUUAAUUUGCUUCGAGGGAAACGGUUGCAAGGGCUAGGCAUGCCACCGUGGUAAUGACAAUGGGCACCUGUU